CAAUGACUCUAAAGGUGUUUGAAGACAAUGUAUUGGUAAGAGAGCUUCUUGAAACCAGGGGAGAUGGAAGAGUUCUUGUGAUUCCAAUGCACCAUCUCUUGCUUGCAUGUGACCUUCCUCUCUUGGUCUAACAAUGAUUGUGAGCUCUUAAGGAGGCGUAAAGAAUCUGAAUGGUGUCCAUAGAAGGAGACUUUUAUGCUUAUGUGAGAAGAAUUCAGCAGCCUUCAGUGUGGGGUGGAGAGCCUGAGUUGAUGAUGGCAUGUCAUGUUCUUAGGACAUCAAUAUCUGUAUUUGCGAUUGGUAGAGUAUCUGGGAGUUUAGUAAAGAUAGCAGACUAUGGUGAAGGAUACAGAAACGAUAAAGAGAAGCCUAUGACCCUUAUGUAUCAUUGGUAUGGUCAUUAUGAUGUACUGGAAUGAGAUGUAACCGACGAGUCUUUAAUUUCGUAUAACUAAAUGCCUUAUGUAAGAUUAGUUGCUUUCGAUGUUGUGAAGCUUUACAUUGAAAACUUUCAAUUAUGUGAACUGUUAUUUUUUAUUACAGGAAUUGAAAAUAUAAUUUUGAAGA